AAUCCCAGCUACGUUGGUGUGUGUGUGUGUGUGUGUGUGUGUGUGUGUGGGGGGGGCAGUAAGCGGUUGGUGGUGGUGGUGCCCAACGAGCCGUCGCUCCACGCCCGGCGCUCCUACACCAGCGAGGAUGAGGCGUGGCGAUCGUACCUGGAGAAUCCUCUCACCGCCGCCACCAAGGCCAUGAUGAGCAUCAACGGGGACGAGGACAGUGCCGCCGCCCUCGGGCUCCUCUACGACUACUACAAGGUUCCCAAAGAGAAGCGAGUGCUGCCCCUCAGUAAGGUGGUGGAGGUGACCGAGGAGCCGGAGAAAAGGAACGCGGUGUUGGUGAACAUCAGCAGCGCCGGUGCAGAUCCAGGAUUGGUGGACAACCACGUCCAGGUCCUGAAGACGGUCCCGGUCAACCUGUCGCUCAGCGGCGAGUGUCAGGACUCCAAACGCGACGGGUACGGCGACGGCGGGCACGCGGGCAUGGUGAAGGCCGAGGCGUACGCGCCCGUCCUGAUGAACUCCGCCCUUCAUUACCGCGGCGACGGCGAGGAGCAGACCAGGGUGGUGUACGAGCAGAUUCACUCCGUCGGCGCCGCUCACGGAGGCUACGGGAAGGACGAGCACCGCAGCAGCCCGGACAGCACGUACGAGGAGGACGCCAACGAGGCCGCGCAGAAGUACCGGCCCUCGUCUCUCGGAGCGAACGAGUUCAUCUUCGAUCAGUCGGACUCGGACACGUUCCAGUACUCUUUGGAUGCCACGAGGUCCCUGAAGCAGAAGCAGGGCGAGGGGCCCAUGAGUUACCUCAACAAGGGUCAGUUUUACGCCGUGACGCUGAGCGAGACCAGCAGCAACAAGCGCCUCCGACACCCCAUCAGCAAAGUCCGGGUGAGACACCGACGUUCAUUAUUUACCGUUAUUUACAGUGUGGUGACGUCUAACACAAAUUCACAGGGUGGAUUUAUCGCCCUACGUAACAACGCCCUCCAGAGCGUGAUCAUGGUGGUGUUCAGUGAAGACAAGUGUCGUGACGAACAGCUCAAGUACUGGAGAUACUGGCACUCUCGCCAACACACCGCCAAGCAGAGGGUCCUCGACAUCGCCGACUACAAAGAGAGCUUCAACACCAUCGGGAACAUCGAAGAGAUCGCGUACAACGCCGUGUCCUUCACGUGGGACGUCAACGAGGAGGCCAAGAUCUUCAUCACGGUGAACUGUCUGAGUACGGACUUCUCCUCUCAGAAGGGGGUGAAGGGACUCCCUCUGAUGAUCCAGAUCGAUACGUACAGCUACAACAACCGCAGUAACAAACCCCUGCACCGCGCCUACUGCCAAAUCAAAGUCUUCUGCGACAAGGGAGCGGAGAGGAAGAUCCGAGACGAGGAGAAGAAACAGAACCGCAAGAAAUCUAAAGGGAAGGACGCAGGCGCUGGAGUUCUCGCUCUUCCAAAAAAAAGCGACGCCACGUUGUUCAAGACCCUGGCGGAUCUGGACGCUCAGCCGGUUCUCUUCAUCCCCGACGUGCAUUUCGGGAACCUGCAGAGAGCAGCACAGGUUUUUGCCUUUAACACAGAAGAGAUGGAGAGAGAGGGGAGUGUGUUGGUAAAAAGAAUGUUUCGCCCCUCUGAGGACGAUUAUUGCCCCUUGCCCCAAAAACAGCUCAAAGAGGACACACAGAAACGAGUGCUCCUGUACGUCAGGAAAGAGUGUGACGAAGUCUUCGAUGCUCUGAUGCUGCGCUCACCGACGCUCCGCGGCCUGAUAGAUGCGAUCUCCGAAAAAUACGGUGUACCUGCGGAGAGGAUCGCCAAAAUCUACAAGAAGAGCAAGAAAGGGAUCCUGGUGAACAUGGAUGACAACAUCAUCGAGCAUUACUCCAACGAGGACACGUUCAUCCUGAGCAUCGAGAGCUACGCCGACGCCUACAAGAUCGUCCUGAUGGAGAUUUGAGCGACGCACAGACCGCCGAGAGCUCUCUCAGCUCCGCCGAUACGUGACCUUCCCCGUCCGGGCGCUCGUAAGACGGGGGUGGGCGCGUGUGAGCGGAUUUGUGAACGGACCGAAUGUUUAUAGACUGACUGACCUCACCUGAGCCUCGUUAGCCUCUUUAUCUGAGGGCUUAACAAGAGGGUUUGGAAGAAAUUCUGCUGUAGAAAAAUCACAUCACGCGUUUCGUUUUUUAUGUUUUAUUAUUUUAUUUUAUUUCUGCGUUUCUGAGUCAUCAUG